UUCUAUUCCUUUAUAUUUUCUUAUUAUAUAAAAAAAACUGCUUCAAUACCUAACAAACGCCAAUUUUGUUUUGUAUAUUUAUCAACUUUUGAUUUUUAAGUGAAUAAUUUUCUCUUUAAAUCAUUAUUCAAAAUGUCAGAUGAAGAAGAUGUGAAUGAUAUCGAUUACGUAACGGAGGAUUUCGAAAAUUUGAAUGUCUCAAAUUAUGGAGAUGAGGAUGAUAAUUACGACAGGAACUAUGAAGAUAAUGAUUCCAAUGAUUAUGAAAAAGAAGACAAUCAUCAAGAAACUGAGGAGUCUCAUGAAGAAGACAAUCAUGCUGAAGUAGAAAAUGAUGAUAAUCAUCAUGAUGAAGAUGGUGCAGCUAGUGGUAGCAAAUUCGAUUUUUUCGAUUACGUUCAUGAUGACGAUGAUCCUUUUAAUGUCAUGAAAUGUUGCGAUCCAGAAUUUUAUAGUUAUGAUGACUAUUUAAAUGAUUUUUACGAACGAUUCGCUGACGGUCAAAAUGAUGACGAUGAUUAAGAUAAUUUUCUUUUUUAAUAUCAUCAAUCUGGAGCAGUUUUUAAUCAUCGAACCAAUUCACAAGUCUCUGAGUAGGGAAACAAUUUUCAAAAUUUGUCUAUACUGCAAAAAAUCUACAACCGGAUUUGAAUCGAAGAACUUUCAUCGAAUAAUAUUCAAAAUCAUGGAUUUUUAAUUCAAACAAAGAAAAAAAAGACUGAAAUUUAAUUUCACUCCGAAUAUUUUUCACCAAAUACUUUUUUUCUCAAAGAAACCUUAUUCUAACGAAAUGUUACUUAUUUCAAAGAAUUUCUUUUUUGCUUUUGAUUACAAAGGUUAUUUUCUGUUCGUUUAUUUCAGAAUUUCUUAUAAAAACGAGUUAUUUAAAUAUAGUAAACAGUUUACAAUGUAAGAAAUUAAAAAUAAGUUGAACUGAGAACUUAAAGCAAGGUAGAAAUUAAAAAAAAAAUUUUUUUUUCUUUUUUCA